AUGAAGAUUGAAGAGGUAAAGAGCACAGUGCGCACUCAACGUAUAGCAGCACACAGCCACGUGAAGGGCCUGGGGCUUGAUGAAGCAGGCGCGGCCAUACAAAAUGCUGCUGGCUUGGUGGGUCAGAAGGCGGCGCGCGAGGCGGCUGGCAUUGUAGUGGACCUUAUAAAGAGCAAGAAGAUGGCUGGACGUGCUUUGCUGUUGGCUGGUCCGCCAGGCACUGGUAAAACUGCUAUUGCUUUGGCUAUAGCUCAGGAGCUGGGCAACAAGGUGCCGUUUUGUCCGAUGGUUGGCUCUGAGGUGUUCAGCAAUGAAAUCAAGAAGACCGAAGUGCUAAUGGAAAACUUUCGUCGCUCGAUAGGCUUGCGCAUACGCGAAACUAAGGAAGUAUAUGAAGGUGAGGUGACUGAGCUGACUCCAGUAGAGACUGAAGCCCCAAUGGGCGGUUACGGCAAAACCAUAAGCAACGUGGUGAUUGGUUUAAAGACCGCCAAAGGCACCAAACAGUUGAAGCUAGAUCCAAGCAUCUUUGAUGCUCUGCAGAAGGAAAAAGUUGAAGUGGGGGAUGUCAUCUACAUUGAGGCCAAUAGUGGCGCUGUCAAGCGUCAGGGACGCAGUGAUACAUUUGCCACCGAGUUUGAUUUGGAGACAGAAGAAUAUGUGCCAUUGCCCAAGGGUGAUGUGCACAAGAAGAAAGAAGUUAUACAGGAUGUAACACUACAUGACUUGGAUGUGGCCAAUGCUCGUCCACAAGGCGGCCAAGACGUGCUCUCCAUGAUGGGUCAGCUGAUGAAGCCCAAAAAAACAGAAAUCACAGAUAAGCUGCGGAUGGAGAUCAACAAAGUGGUAAACAAAUAUAUAGAUCAGGGUAUUGCCGAACUUGUGCCUGGCGUGCUCUUCAUUGAUGAAAUACACAUGCUUGAUCUGGAAACAUUUACAUAUUUGCAUAAAAGUUUGGAGUCUCCCAUUGCUCCUAUUGUCAUAUUUGCCACCAAUCGUGGACGUUGUGUCAUACGCGGCACCACCGAUAUAGUUUCGCCACAUGGUAUUCCAUUGGAUCUGCUUGAUCGCUUGCUUAUCAUACGCACACUGCUGUAUUCUACCUCAGAUAUGGAACAGAUCAUCAAAUUGCGUGCCCAGACCGAAGGACUUCAGCUGGAGGAAACUGCGUUUACGCGCCUUAGUGAGAUUGGUACCAGCUCCACUCUGCGCUAUGCCGUUCAACUGCUGACACCGGCUCAUCAGAUGUGCAAAGUGAAUGGGCGUAACCAGAUUACCAAAGAUGAUAUUGAAGAUGUACACUCGCUAUUCCUGGAUGCCAAGCGUUCUUCUAAGCAUUUGUCAGAGAAGAACAACAAGUUUAUGUUGUAAAUUCAUUUAGCUAGUUGCAUACAAAUUCCAUUUUUCAUUUUGAAUCUUCAAUAAAGCCUCAAUACCAUCAAAUGG